AUGAACCCACUCAUAUAUUUUGGAAUUUCAAAUGAACUGACAAGAGAAAACAUCUAUGCUCUAACCUAUCAACACUUGGCUCGAUUUGCAUUUGCCGAAUUUUGUGAAACCCUUGUGUCCACAAAUCGCAAGAAAAUUCUUCUUCGUAUCUACAAGGCCAACACAGGCGUAAUUUGGGCUCAGUUCAUCUUUUCGACCGCAGCAAUGUUAGUGGGCUACUUGAGCCCUUACUUCCAACAGAAAUUAUUAGAGUAUAUUGCCGAUCCCCAAGGACGUCCUAUCAAUGUGACAUAUAUUUAUGUCUUGGGCAUGUUCGGUGUUGGAUUAACGAAGGCAACUUUUAACGGUGUUCAAUUAUGGGCUGGCAGGCGCUGGAAUGUCCGGACCUUUGCAAUGUUAGAUGCAGAAAUUUAUGCAAAGACCCUAAAACGCAAGGAUAUGUCCGGCAAGAUCGCGAAGGAAAAGCCUGAGGGUGAAGAAGAAAAAGACGAGGACACCAAGAAGCCAUUCAGUAACACUGGAAAAAUUACCAACUUGAUGAGUGUUGACGCUGAUCGUUUGGCAGACACACCCAGUUAUAUUUUUAUGCUUUACAACGCUCCAUUUGAAGCAGUCCUGACUAUAAUAUAUCUUUACCAGCUACUCGGAUUUGCAGCAAUUAUUGGUCUGAGUGUUAUGGUUAUCUUUUUCCCAUUUACCGCAUACAUAUCUAAAGUAAUGACCCAGAUUUUCAAAGAUUACUCGACAGCCAAAGAUAAGCGAAAUGAUAUAGUCAACGAAUUACUACAGGGUAUCCGCAUGAUCAAAUAUUUUGCAUGGGAAAAUAACUGGAAAGAGAAGGUUAUGGCAGCACGUCGCUUUGAAAUCAAAAAACUUAUCCGCGCUGUUACUAUUCAAGUCGUGUUUUUUGUUACUUAUCUUACCGUUCCAGUCCUAGUAUCAUGCUCUUCCUUUAUUUGGUACACAAAGGUAGCCGGGAAUGAGUUGACUGCAAGUGUAGCAUUCGUUAGUAUCACCUUGUUUGAGAUGCUCCGCAGUCCUUUGGUCCUGAUCCCCGAAUUAAUUACUACCCUGACCGAGUGUUACGUAUGCCUAAAGCGUAUUGCAUCGUAUAUGGACGAGGCCGAAGUUGGUGAUGGUAUCAUUAAUGAACCUAUUCCCGUUCCAGAAGGUGUUUUGCCAGAGACUAUUCUGGCACGUGUUGGUACCGAAGAGUCGGUUUUCCGCUGGCAUUCUGGCGAGCCUGAAGCCAAAGACGCCGUUGCUGCUGAAGUAGAUCCAGAUGAACACCCUGACUUCUCACUCAAAGUUCCCGCUUUUGAGUUUCCUACCUCCGAACUUAGCAUUAUCUGCGGCCCAACCGGAAGUGGAAAAUCUAGUUUCUUGCAUGCCAUCUUGGGAGAAAUGGAUAUUGUCUCUGGACGUGUUUACUUGCCAUCCAAGACCAAGCUAGCCCUUGAUACAUACUCUGUCAUUGAUCCUGAAUAUCCCUCUCUCGCCCUGAACAAGGUUGCUUAUGUAGCCCAGCAAGCCUUUUUACAACAUGCCUCGAUCCGUGACAAUAUUUUGUUCGGCCAAGAAUUUGAUCCAGUUCGCUACAAAAAGGUGCUCUCCCAGUGCGCUCUCGUCAAGGAUUUGUCUAUCUUGCCUGAUGGUGACCGUACUGAAAUUGGUGAAAAGGGUAUCUCUUUGUCUGGCGGCCAGAAACAACGUGUCUCUUUGGCCCGUGCUGUUUAUUCACAUGCAAAGACCCUACUUUUGGACGACUGCCUUAGUGCUGUUGAUGCACACACUGCCAAGCACAUCUAUCAGCGUUGUAUUAAAGGCGAUCUUAUUAAGGGGCGCACAGUAAUUCUGGUUACUCAUCAUGUACGCCUUUGCUUACCUGCCGCCAAAUUUGUUAUGAAACUUGAGCGUGGUUCUGUAACCAGCUAUGGUUCCGUCGAGUCUCUUAGAGAAAAUGGUUCUCUGGUUACCAUUUUGGGUGAAGGAACGAACGAAAAUGAAGCAGCUGAUGAAGAUGAACCUAUUGAACAAGUGGACGAAGAAUUUAGUCUAAUCGAUGACAAUGCAGAAGUCAAUAAUAUGAUUAAAGAAGAAAAAUCUGAGAAAGGACAAGUAAAAUUCAAGGUGUACAAGACAUACUUUACUGCCUGUGGUGGUUGGUUCUUCUCGUUUGCUUUGCUCUCAUCGCUUUUCAUUGCCCGUGCCUUUUCAUUUGGAGAGAACUGGUGGCUAAGAAUUUGGGUUGCAAACAGCGCCGGGUCUACGAAUCCUAAUGCGUUUUUGACGUCUACUGCAGCUCCCGUAGUAUACAAUAUAAUGUCCCAUGUCAAUGAAGUUACCAAAAAUCAAAACGUGUUCCGUGCUUGGGUGUACGAAGACGAUCAACCGCGAAGUGUAGACUACUACAUUCUUGUUUAUCUGAUCAUCUGUUUAGCCGCAAUUCUAUUUGAUUUUCUUCGAAACAUUAUACUUUUAUGGGGUUCUAUUCGCGGUGCCAAAAUUUUGUUCGAGAGAAUGGUCCAUAAAAUCAUUCAUGCCCCUAUGCGCUUCUUCGACACUACCCCUAUUGGACGUAUACUUAACCGUUUUGGCAAGGAUGUAAUGACUGUGGAUAUGAAUGUGGCUCGCUCAGCAAGUCAUUUACUUGACUGUAUAACUGGUUUUAUUGCAUCCAUUAUUGUCGUUGGUGCAAUCACUCCUGAGUUUAUUAUUGUUGCUAUUGUUAUUGGAGUCGUCUAUAUGGUAAUUGGUGUCGUUUAUCUACGUGUAUCGCGUCAGUUCAAGCGUCUCAACUCUGUCAGCCGAUCACCUAUCUACUCCCACUUUACUGAAACACUAACAGGUGUUAUUACUAUCCGCGCUUAUUGCCAAGAAGAAAAAUUUCAACUGGAGCUUUACAAAAAAAUUGAUGGAUUUAUUUCACCAUUCUAUCUUUUAUGGAUGAGCAACCGUUGGCUGUAUGCUCGUAUUGAGUUUGCUGGAGCAUUUGUUUCUUUCUUUGCCGGUGCUUUCAUCGUAUUAAACCUUGAUACUAUCGAUGCUGGUAUGGCCGGUAUCUCACUUUUCUACGCCCGUUCCUUCUUGGAGAAUAUCUAUUGGAUCAUUCGUCAGUAUACUCAAGUAGAAAUGGACCUGAACUCAGUUGAGCGAAUUCAAGAGUAUCUCGAGAUUGAACAAGAACCUCCUGCUUCUAUCAAGGGAAGUCGCCCCCCUGCCGCCUGGCCUACUACUGCAUCUGUUGAAGUAAAAGAUCUUGUGAUCAGAUAUGCAGAAGAUCUUGACCCUGUACUUCAUGGAAUCUCUUUUGACAUUCGGUCUCACGAAAAAGUUGGUGUUGUUGGACGCACUGGAUCAGGAAAGAGCACCCUUGCUCUUAGUUUCUUCCGUUUCCUUGAACCAAGCAGCGGCAGUAUCAUUCUCGAUGGAAUUGACAUUACUCAUAUUGGCGUGCAAGAUCUUCGUUCCAAGCUCACUAUUAUUCCCCAAGAUGCCGUUUUGUUUUCUGGAAAUAUCCGUUCCAACCUUGAUCCCUUUGAAGAAUACACAGAUAGUGCGGUCUGGGAAUCUCUCGUCCGAGCCCACCUUGCUCCUGAAAACCGCGAUGAGGAAGUCCCAGAAGGAAAUGCUACCUGGGCUGUCACUAGUCUUAGCCAAACUGUGAGCGAUGGUGGCAACAACUUCUCUCAAGGCCAACGUCAACUGCUCUGUAUGGCCCGUGCAUUGCUCAAGAACAGCAGACUUAUUAUUAUGGACGAAGCUACUGCCAGUGUUGAUUUCGAGACCGACAAGAAGAUUCAAAACACAAUUCGUGAGGAGUUUGUUAACUCGACUUUGAUCUGCAUUGCCCAUCGCCUGAGAACUAUUAUAGAUUAUGAUCGAGUUUUGGUGCUUGAUCAGGGUAAUGUUGUUGAAUAUGACACACCUGCAAACCUGUUGAUCAAUGGUGCUGGUACUGGUUUGUUUAAAUCAAUGUGUGAGAAGUCCGGAGAAUAUGAUGUAUUGAUAGAAAUGGCACAUCAAGCU